CCAAUAAAAAAGAAAGAGCUGGAAUAACGUCAGAGGUCUGAUUUUGUGCGCGAGGCUGCUCAUUUGGCGGGUUACUUGGUGUAACAACAACUUGGGAAUUUGAGACCAGUUUCUGACAAUCAAAGCAGGUAGGCUACCUCUCAGCUGAAAUGGCACACGCUGCAGAUAUACACAUUAAGGAGUUGAGCAGGCGUGCUUCAGGUCAAGCAUUUGAGCUCAUCCUGAGCCCCACCUCCCCUGAUGCAAAAGUGCAAUUUCCACUUAGCCCUGUCAUGAAGAAGGAAACCUCGCUGGAUGAGAUUAUCAAGAAGCUGGAUGCUGCUGAUGAGAGACGCAAGAACCACGAGGCUGAGGUGCUGAAACAAUUGGCUGAGAAACGAGAGCAUGAGCGAGAAGUGCUUCAAAGGGCCUUAGAUGACUGUAGCAACUUAAGCAAGACCACUCAAGAGAAGAUAAAUCAGAAGAUGGAGGCAUACAAAGACAACCGCGAAGCGCGAUUGGCUGCUCUUGAUAAGAAAUUCAAAGAUAAGGACAAGAAGAUUGAAGAAUUGAAGAAGACAAGGUCCUAACUAAAGAUGGAGAGGCGAACAAUGUGUUCAUAAAACAUCAAGAAUAAGCUUUGCAUUACAGUUAUUGUAAUAGUUCCAGUUUAAAAUUUAGUGCCUUUUUUGCCUGUUUAGUUCUUUUUGGCAGCUGUUUACACUGUAGUAUUUGUAGUGGUAUGCUUUUCUAUUGUUGGGCAUUCUGGUUAGUAUACUAGUACAUAUACGAAGCACUUCUGACAUAGUUUGUGGAUUAAGUUACUGCUAAGGUACUGUUCAUUCUCUUGCCAUUUUUUUUUUUUUUACCUAUGUGACCCUGUAUUCAUGCACUAUUAAACAAAAUAAACUUCAGAUAAAUUGAUAA